AUGGCCAAUACCACUGAUCCUGCUGCUGCACCUUCUCCUAAACAAUCGCCUAGGUCACCUGUGUCGCAAAAGUCACACAGGUCUGGGGCUGAUCGCGAAGCUGCGGAUGCUGCGGGUCUUCAAACUGCUGAGCACUGGGCCAACUUAGCGCAGGAACCCCACGAUGAUGACACUGACUCCACGCUUGAGAGUGAUGUUGAGUCUUCCACGGCUUCUAUGUCUUCUAGCAUCUUGAACUAUAGGACUAUCAAGGGAAGAACCUACCAUUCGGAGAGGGGCAACGCAGAAUACUGGGCAUCCAACGAUGCUCAGCAGAACGAAGCGAUAGAUAUCAUUCAUCACUACCUCCUCCUGGCACUUGAUGAAAAGCUUCAUUUAGCUCCGGUCAAGGACGAUAUCAAGUCUGUUCUAGAUGUAGGCACCGGUACAGGUAUCUGGGCGAUCGAUUUCGCAGAUGAACACCCCAAUGCCGAAGUGAUAGGAACCGAUAUCUCACCGAUCCAGCCAAGCUGGAUACCACCAAACGUUAAGUUUGAAAUUGAGGACUGUACCCAAUCAUGGACAUUCUCCCCCGAUACUUUCGAUUUCAUUCAUAUGCGCUACCUAUACGGCUCUAUCGGUGACUGGGGUGCUUUGUUCCAAGAAGCAUACCGCGCUUGCGCACCAGGUGGUUGGGUCGAAAGCUUCGAGGCCUCACCUCGCUUAGAGAGUGACGACGAUAGCGUCCAAGAGGGCAGUGCCAUCAACGAAUGGGGAAAGUUUUUUAUUGAAGGUGGUAAAAAGCUAGGAAGAACUUUUACUAUUAUUGAUGAUGAUCUUCAAAAGAAGGGCAUGGAAGAGGCAGGGUUCGUCGACAUAAAAACCUGGGACUUUAAGGCUCCGGUUGGCGCUUGGCCCAAAGACCCCAAGAUGCAGGAGAUUGGCAGAUUUGGACAUGCAGCUAUGGAUCAAGACUUGGAAGGGUUCGUUCUCUAUAUGGCAAGCUUUGUCUUGGGCUGGUCGCAGGAGGAAGUCCUCGUGUAUUGCGCCCAGCUGCGACGCGAGUUGCGUAAUAGGAGCCAUCACCCAUACUGCCGGAUGAGGAUUGUUUACGGACGGAAGCCGGAGUAA